AUGGAUAAUCCCAGAAAGCGAGGUGGCGGUGAUGGUUCAUCGGCCGCUGGCACGACGCCAAGGAGCAAGCCAGCAACGACGGCCACGGCGCGAGAAGUGGAGAGCGAGUGGGCAGGCCUCACGCUGGAGCAGUUCCGGGCCGAGGUGCCGCGCGACCCCGACGACGCCCGCUUCAUCUUCUCCUUUCCCGCACCCGCCUCUCCCUCGUCCGCCCUCCACACACCUCAGGAGGCGGAGGAGGCGGAGGCGCUGGUGGCGUUCUUCGACAAGUUCGGGUUCGUGGUGGUGCGGGACGUACUCACUCCGCAGGAGGCCCAGGCCACCGUCAACGAGAUCUUCGGCCUUCUCGAGGAGGGGACGGAGGGUCGGUUCGACAGGCACGAUGUGAGCACGUGGGACCAGUGGCCGGCCGAGGGAAUGGCCAAGCACGGCAUGCCCUCGCGCCCGCCGCUCUUCACGCCGCAGAUCCUCCGCAACCGCCAGAACCCGCGCCUCGUCAGCCCGUUCGCGCUCCUCUUCGGAUCGGAGGACAUCAUGAUCAGCCACGACAGGGCGAGCCUGUUCCGGCCGACAAAGGGAGUGCAGUUCCCCACGGGCGCACGGGACAUGCCCCACUGGCGCACCAGCGAAAACCUCCACCUCGACAUGGACGUGUGGGGCUACCUGGGCUCGGGCGACAAGGAGCGGCGCACGCUGGCGGGCCUCCAGUACGGCGACCGCCACCUCAACCACUUCAUCUUCGAGAACAACCAGGUGUGCGAGCGCAUCCACCCGCUCAACGUGCAGGCCGUGCUCAACCUCGUCGACAACGUCGAGGCCGACGGCGGCUUCCAGUGCGUGCCGGGCUUCCGACACCACUUCAACAGGUGGGCAGAGGCGAAUGCGGGCAAGCGGGAUCUGGUGGAGAUGGCGAAGGAGCGCAACUCGAUGAUGUUCCCCGACGACGACCCCAUCCAAAAGUUCGGCAUGCGGAUCACCAUGCGCGCCGGCAGCAUGGUCAUCUGGGACCAGCGCACCCCGCACGGUGCGCGCCCAAACAAGAGCGGGCGGAUGCGGUGCGCUCAGUUCCUGCGGAUGUUCCCGGCGCAGCCGAUGGACCCCAAGCGAGCCCAGGCCCGGGUCCACACGGUCGACGCCAAGGUGCGCGCGGCGGGCUUCGCGCCCGAACUCACCGACCUCGGACGGCGCGUGUUCGGGCUCAGCGCAGGCGGCGGUGGGCGAACAGGUGGCGGUGGCGGUGGCGGACGACGAGGGUCGCCCGCUCGCGUCGCGGUUCCCCGACCAGGCGGCGGCGCUCGCGGCGGGGGCGGCUGGCAGCGUGGCGGUGGUCGCGCUGGCUGA